AUGGUAGGAAUUGAAUUGAAAGGAGCAUUUCGUGGUGAAACACGUAGAAGUUUAAGAUCAGGUUUUGGUGUUUAUCAAUAUUCAAAUCCAUUCUUUCGAUAUGAAGGAACAUGGCAUGAAGGCAAAAAACAUGGUUUUGGCAAACUUAUAUUUGCUGAUGGUUCAUAUUAUCAAGGAGAAUUUGCUAAUAAUGAAAUCAUGGGACAAGGUACACGUUACUUUGCAUCAUCACGUAAUACAUAUACAGGUCAUUUUUAUUACGGUGAAAUGGAUGGACAUGGACGAUUGAAAAUGGGCAAUGAUGAUUGUUAUGAAGGAGAUUUUAAAUCAAAUCAUUUUGAAGGUGACGGUAGUUAUCUAUCAUAUGAUAAACAAUUAUACACUGGUACUUGGCAUAAUCAUUGCCGUCAUGGAUAUGGAGAACAAACAUAUUUUGAUGGAAGUCGGUAUUCAGGUGAUUGGAUUGCUAAUAAACGACAUGGUUUUGGUAAAUUAACUGAUUCUCAAGAUGGAUUUAUUAUCUAUGAAGGUAGUUGGAAAAAUGAUUUAAUGCAUGGCGAAGGAACAUAUAAUCUUGGCGAAUCUUAUACAUAUCGAAAUGGUAUGAUGGUUAAUAAUUAUCCAACUGAAUGGCCAUUUCGAUUAUGUAUUAAUGAGAAUCAAACAUCAACACUUAUGCUUACUGAAGAACCAAUUAUAAUAACGGUUGAUAUUGUUGAUUCUUCAGAUAAUAAUACUCGAGUUGAAGCUGAUUGUGGACGUUUAAUUCGACUUCGUUGUGGUCAACAAACUGAUCAACCAACAAGUGAUAGUCUACCAACACCAUUUGGUUUUCAUGUUAAUUUGAUUCCAAGAAGUACAAAAUCUACUCCAUCUGAUAACCAAUUAGUAUCAGCAUCAAAUGAAGAAAUGAAUAUCAGUGAAAGAAACCAACCUAUUCAAGAUUCAAUGUUAACUGUUACUGAUAAUGGUCGAGCUCAAUUUGUAGGUAUUAAUAUUGACACAUUUACAAUGCGACUUGCAAGUGCUUCAGCUGCUGCUAGAGUUCAAGAAACAACAACUGAAGAUGGAAUGUCAAAUGAUAAUCGUUAA